AUGAUUGUCAAAAAGUGUGCGGCGGUCCUGCUUCUCUUGAGCAUCCCAAGCGUUCUUGCAAGAAAUGGGAAGCUCAGAAGAGAUGAGGAGCCAAAAUAUACACACAGUCCUGAUGCCACGCCAUACUGUACUUGGUGGUAUGAUAAUGAUGGGUCAAUUGCGUGCAAGGACAUUCCUGCUAGCUGGUCUAUAACACUGGCAGAUUUCCGCCGAUGGAAUCCAUCUAUCACCGAGACUUGCGGUAACUUCCUGAAGGACACAUCUUAUUGCGUGGAGGCAUUCAAUGAACCAACGCAGACAUCGAGCCCUCCGCCUGCUGCUACCACCACCGCGGCAGGACCGCCAGGCCCAACACAGCCUGGACAGCACAAAGAUUGUAACAGAUGGGACCAGAUUAACGCUGGCGAUUCGUGUCCAACAUUCAUCAACAAAUAUCCUGGCCUGACGCUUAAGGAUCUGAUCACCUUUAACACGGGUAUAGGGGAACAAUGUGAAAACCUUUGGGCAGGUUAUUACAUCUGUACGGGCAUUGCUGGCUGGGCCCCAGCAACAACAACAAAAACAAUGCCAGCAACACCUACGGCCACAAAUGGCAUCACUACUCCAACCCCUGUCCAGCCGAGAAUUGUCGACAACUGUGACUCUUUCCAUAAAGUUGAGCCAGGAGAUGGAUGUGCGGCCAUAACCUCGAAAUACCAUAUUAGCCUGGCCCAGUUUACCAAAUGGAAUCCUGGAGUCGGCAAGAACUGUGAAUCUAUCUGGCUAGGAUAUUAUGUUUGCGUCUCUGUCCUCGGUGAUACCCCGUCUUCAACCCCAACCCCAACCCCAACAACCACGACAUCUCCAACAAAGCCUACAAACGGAGUAUCGACACCAACACCAGUCCGACCCGGCAUUACAAAUAACUGUGAAACUUUCCAUGAGGUAGUCUCAGGUGACUACUGUGCCGCAAUUGCCCAGAAAUAUAGCAUUAGUCUUUCUCAGUUCAAUAACUGGAACCCAGACGUUAAAGCCGACUGCAGCGGCCUGUGGGCUGGCUAUUAUGUUUGUGUGAAGGUGAUUGGUAGUAACCCAACGCCAACAACCUUGCAAACUACUACUACUACCAAAGGCAAUGGCGUGGUAACGCCCACCCCAACUCAACCUGGGAUGAUAAAUAACUGCAAGUCCUUCUAUAAGGUAGCCUCCGGGGAUAGCUGCGCAUCUAUUGUAUCCAAGGCCAAAAUCUCCUUGGGCAAAUUCUACUCUUGGAACCAGGAGGUUGGGAAAAACUGUGAAAAUCUCUGGCUGGGCUAUCAGGUGUGUAUUGGGGUGAUUUAG